AUGGAAAUCGCGGUCACGGAUAUGCGCCGAGUUCAAUUUUCCAUUGGGAAGCAUUACUCAUGUGAGGUGUUAUGCGACGUAGUUGAUAUGGAUGUCUGCCAUUUAAUAUUGGGCCGUCCAUGGAAAUUUGAUGUAGGAGCUAUGUAUGAUGGACGCGCCAACACUUACUCUUUGGAGUGGAAAGGCCGACGACUGCGUUUAUUACCUCAUUCGUCACAGGGAGAUAAAACAAACCAGGUGCCGGCGGUGCUUCACUUUGUUACAUGUAAUGCCUUAUUGAAUUUGUAUCAAGAACAUUCUCUGUUGUUUGCUUUAGUCCUCAGGGAAUCUACGCCCAUGAGUGAGAGCAGAAUGAAACAACCGCCAAUAGAGCAUUUAUUGGACCAAAUUCGGGAUGUAUUGGCUGACCCUGCACCAACGGCGCUACCACCUUUACGGUCUCUGCAACACCAGAUUGAUUUAAUUCCGGGAUCGACAUUGCCGAAUUUGCCUCAUCACCGUUUGAGUCCAAUGGAGCAUCAAGCUCUUCAACAAUUGGUGGAUGAACUAUUAAAGAACAACUUGAUCCAGCCCAGCCUAAGCCCAUGCGCCGUACCAGCGUUGUUGUUCCCAAAGAAGGAUGGAUCCUGGCGGUUGUGUAUGGAUAGCCGCGCAAUCAACAAAAUCACCGUCAAGUAUCGUUUUCUAGUGCCACGAGUGGAAGAAUUGCUAGAAAAGUAA